UUACAUCCAAAAUCAAGAUCCAUCCUGCUCAACAGUAGACUCACAAUAACAUUAUAUAGCUUAUAUGUAUUUUACUGUCUGCUGCAGCAGCUAACCAUAGUGAACAGGUAUGGAUCAGAAGGAACAUUUGUCCUGUAAUCCGGACCCACUGGUGGAGUUUUCAGACACCAUGGCUCAGUGGUACUGCUGCUUCCAGACUGCAAAGACCGAGCAAAGACCUCAGAGGAAGCAGCCGUCAGACAGCUCCCCCUACUGGAUCGUACACGCGAUGGCCUGCCCUGGUCCUGUGCUGAUGACGGGAAGGCUGAAGAGGGCGGGAAUAACCCUGCCUGAGCUGAAGAAGUUUGAUGGAAAACAUAUCCUGAUGGUUACGGAUGCAUCGGGGCUCCCUCUUGGUUUUGAUGUACUGGACUACGAGCGGUUCUCCUGGCUGUUCAAUACAGAUGGUGCAGGACGGUUGAACACAGAAGCUGCCAGGACUGCUGAAACGAUAGCUACACUGCUACAGAGGUGCAUGGAUGUGCCGAUGGAUGGUGGGAUGCCACGCAAACCCAAAAGUCUGAGGGUCAAUGAUGAGAUCCUGCACAGGCUGGUGCACCGUCACAUGCUCAAACAGGGAAAGGUCCUGGACAUGGAGCUGUGGCCCCGAAGCCUCAAAAGCUGGAAGCCUCUCGAUCAGAAAGGGCUUCCAGCUUUCAGCCUGCGCUGGCCUCCGACACGUUACUGUAGUGUGUGUAAGAGGCGCUCCUUCCCCAGUCGACUUCAGGAGUGCUCCCGGUGCACGACAGUCUUUUACUGCGAAGACAAGUGUUUCGGAGAAGAUGCCGAGCAUGAGCGCUGGUGUGCCAGACUGGCCAGUUAUAUGCAGCACGAGGCCCAGCUGGCUGACCUGCCGUUCAGCUACACAGCAGAAGUCACAUCAGAGGACUUUAGUUUGGAAGACUUCCUGUUCAAAAACAAACUGCUCAGCAGCUACUGGGUGCACUGGAGCCUGCUGGUGCGAUCUGCCCAGCCUCACAGCGUCACCAGAGAUGCCUGGCUUAAAGGUCACAGCAAUGUCUAUGAGCCUCUGAAACUGGAAGCAGAGGUAUUGAUGGUUGAUCUGGGCCCCUUCAACGUUCCCUCUGUCAGGAAUCCACUCGUGUCAUGGCAUCAAUACUAUGAAUGGAGAGGCCUCAGUCUGUCCUCUGUGGUCGCUCCUCUGCUCAGCUCUUCUCUGUCCAUCUACUACAUCAUCACCUCCCUGGUGCCAAAGCAUUUUCCAGAGGUGAACAUCCUGAGGAAACAGUCUCUGAGGAUCCACAUCAUCGAGUCGUACAGGGAGCUCCACACUCUGUUGACCUUCUGGGAACUAUCAGUGCUUCUGCCUCAUGUGACCUUUGAACUGGUGUUCAUCUGUGAGCAGCUUCCCUCCUGGUUUAACAAAAUUGAGCUCCUCAUACACAAAACGAACGGCAGCGUUGGCGUCUCUGACUCCAGCCUGGUGCCACAACAGAAAGCAGACGAGAGGAGCAUCAGAGUCAAAGUUUACUGCGGCACCUACCACGUCCUGCAAGAGCCCAAGCCCGACCUGGUCAUCGGUUUCAAGCCUCUUUUCCUGUGUAAGGACUCUUGGUUCAGCACUCUUGUCAAACUCCAGUCUCUGAGGGUUCCAGCCUUCUUCUGUGAGUUCAGUGAGCUGAGAUGCGAGAGCAGCCAGCAGGUAAUGAACAAGGCCACCGGGGGCGACGUCUCCCCACCAACCAUCAACCCCUUCCACUGCCCUCUGCGCAUCAACGGAGGAGACAACAGGCUGCCGCGGUACUCCAACAGCUUCAUCUUCCACCUCGUCUACAAGCCUUUAGCAAACGUCCAGCAGCCGGUACCAGUCUAUGACCCGAGUGCCCGGUCUGCUCUGCGAUCACUAUCUUAUCCAAACCCAACCAUCAGGGAGAGGAAGGCAGCCGCCCAGCGCCGCAGAACCAGGCAGGGAAAGAUGAAGAAAAAGAAAAUGUCAGGCCGUCAUUAAAUAACUUUUUUGUGAGUGAGGAAUACAAA